AUGCAAUCACAACCACAACAAUUACAACAACAACAAUUGCAACAACAACAAUUACUACAACAAUCACAAUUAUUACAACCACAAUAUUUUGAAAAACAACAAAUUGCAGAUUACAUUGACAAAACAUUUGAAAAGAAGAUAAAAGAAUGGAAAACAUGGACAUUUUCAUCAGUUUUCAUAAUAUUCUUACCACUAUUAUUAUUUCAAAUGUUAUUUUUAUCAUUUAUGUUUUCACCAUCACCAAAGUCAACAUCAACAUCAAUGAUUUCAGUGAUAUUAAGAACAACUGGUAACCAUAUAUUUGGAAUAAUAUUAUAUGUUAUUGGUCAAUUGAUAUUAGGUGCAUCAUAUCACUCAAUUUGUAGUGUUUAUAGACAAGUACCAGCCUCAUUCAAAGAGCAAUUCACUGUAUUAUCAAUACCACAUUUAAUAUUCAUUACUUUAAAUACAUUAAUUCAACCAUUAUUUUUAUAUUUCUUUUUCAGCAUACCAUUGAACAAAUUUUCAUUAUCUUCAAUAAUUGAAGUUUGUUAUCAAGAUUUCUCUGAAACAAUUCCAGUAGCAAAAUGUGAACUUGAAUAUAAUUUAUUCUUUUAUUUAUUUGUUUUAUCAUGUAUUGGAUUAGUUUGUUCAGGUUUAUUUAGAAUUUAUUCGAAUCAAGAAUUUGUUUAUUCAUUUCCAAAAGCAAAUAUACCAACAUUCAUUCAAAUUAAAUCUAUGCUUUACAAUAACUUUUGGAUAAGUUUUUACACUUCAUUUUAUUUAUUCUUUUUAGGUUCAUUUUUAUUAGGUAUUUUGUUUUUAAUUUUAUUUAAAACAUUUACAAUUCAAAUUUUAAUAUUUUCAAUUAAAUUAUGGUGUUUUACAUUUGCAAUUAUUUUCCAAAAUUUAACAAGAAAUAGAUUAUUUGAAAUUUAUUUUACACGUGGUCUUAGAUUUACAUUGGAAACCUUUAAUAGUGUUACAUUUGAUUCUUCAAAUAGUCAACAACAACAACAACAACAACAACAACCACAACAACAACAACAACAACAACAACAAACAUUAUUUGAUAAUAAACCAAUCAUUGAAAAUGGUAGUAUCUUCUUAUUGAAAGCAAUCUAUAGUUGUGAUCCAUUAAUUCAAGCAUUGGGUUGGAAAGAUUUCCUUCAUCUAUCAAAAUACUCUCAACCAAGAAGAACUUAUCUAUAUAGAGAAAUGAGUGAACUUUUAGAUCAACCUUCAAUUUUAAAAAUUAUUCGUCAAUAUGAAGAUCAAAUUAAUGAUUUAUCUUUAAAAUUAUCUUGUCCAAGAGAAUAUUAUGAAAGUUUAAAUAGUGGCAAUAUUAAAAAAGAAGAUGAUAAAAAUAAAAAUAGUAAUAAUAAUAAUAAUAAUAAUAAUAAUAAUAAUAAUAAUAAUAAUAAUAAUAAUAAUAAUAAUAAUAGUAAUAAUAAUAAUAAUUCAAUAAUUUUUAAAAUUGGUAAUAAUAUUGAAAAAAUUAUAAAGAAAACAUUAAAUUUUAUAAGUGGUGUAAAGUUUGAUUAUAAUUUAUAUGAAUGUGAAAUUAGACAAGCAUUAUCAAAUACACAAUCUAUACUAUGGUCAAUUGAAUCAAUUGGAUCAUUAAUUGUAUCAGCACAAAUAAAUGAUGAUAGAGAAACUAUGGAACUUUUGCAUAGAUAUCAAAUUCCUCAAAAGUUUUUAAUACCAUUAUUCCAAAUUUUAGCAUUGAUAGAUCAAUUGGAAAAAGAUUUAUCUCAUCAAAUCGAAUUAGAUAAAUUCACAAUCAAUAGAGAUUAUUACUUUUUAAAAUCUUUCUCAAAUUUAAUUGAACCACCUUUAAAUUGUUUAGGAAUUUUAAAAACUUCAAGACCUCAUUUUAGAAUUUUUAAACUUGUUGGUAAAAAUAUGAUUAGUCAAGUACUUGAAACUAUUGGUCAUCAAAUAUCAGACAUUUCGUUCCCUUAUGAUUUAAGAACAACUUUGAAUAGUUACAGAAAUGGUGAAUUUAGUAUUUAUCAAUAA